GGCAAAUCCCUCUCGCCUCAACAGCCAAUCAAAUGGACUCUUCCGCAACUGCGUUUUCAAUCUGCACACUAAAGGACGUGUCAAUUCGGCGUGCAUCUUGGCUUGACAAGACAAAUCCGCUCAGCAGAGCGAAGCAAGCAGGGACACGCACGGGCGCAAUGGAUCCACAGCAACAAGUUCCGAUCCUGCGAGAGGGCUUCCUGGUCAAAAGGGGUCAUCUGGUUCACAACUGGAAGGCGCGCUGGUUCGUGCUGACGCCCGACAAGCUCGUCUACUACAAGUACGAAAGCGGCAAAAGAGACUCGUGCCAGCGGGGGAAAAUCAUGCUCAAGGGCUGCGUCAUUACUUGCCCCUUCCUGGAGUACGAAAAUCGACCCCUGGUCUUCCGCCUUCAGACCAAGACCUGCGCGGAUCACUUCCUGGAGGCGUGUUCCCGGGAGGAACGAGACGAGUGGGCCGGCGACAUCGCGGCGGCGGCGGAGCGACUGGGCGACGGCGCCGGAGCGGGCGCUGACGGGGACGGGUCGCCGGGGGUCAGCCCGUCCACCUCCCUCGGCUCACAACCGCACAACAUCAACCUGAGCAAAGUGCUGGAGGCCAUGUACGACGUUCACAGCGGCAUCAGCAUGAGCAACCACGUGGAGCAAGGACGCAUGUACAGCAACUGCUUCUCAGGCUCCGCCGUGGUGGACUGGCUGGUGUUCACGCAGCUGGCUCUGACCCGAGCCGAGGCCGCGACGCUGGCGUCGGCCCUGCUGGAAGAGGGCUUCCUCCGCACCGUGGGCCUGCGGAGCGCCGAGGCGCUGCGCACCGCCGGCCUCGGCGAGCUCUUCGUGGACGACUCCACCGCGCUUUACGGCUUUUCGGACGGCCUGAAGAAGCGCGGCUGCGUGAAGGCCGAGACCACGCUGUCCGCGGUGGAGCUGAGCGGCCACGUGAUCAAAAGAGGCUACCUGCUCAAACAAGGCCACAGGAGGAAGAACUGGAAGAUCCGACUCUUCGUGCUGCGGUCUGAGCCCUCCUUCCUCCACUACUACGACCCCGCCAAGGAUGACAUCAUUCCCGUCGGAGGAUUCCCGCUGCGAGGCUCGCUGGUGUCCUCGCUGGACGAUAACGGCGUUCCCUCCGGCGUGAAGGGCAACAUCCAAGGGAACCUGUUCAAGAUCAUCACCCAGUCGGACACGCACUACUUCAUCCAGGCGCCCAGCCACCGCGAGAAGAUGGACUGGAUCGACGCUAUCCGGGAGCACACGUAGCGCCGCAUGUCACUCGUAGGCAUGUAGCCGU